CCAAUAUAAUAAAAAUAAUCUUCAGGAUCAUCAUACAAUAAUAGCAACAAUAAUAAUAAUAACAAUAAUAACAAUAGUAUAGUGUGAUAUGCUUUUAUUAGUAAAACAUUAUCAUUUAUUCUAAGAAGAUAUAAUACAUACAUAUAAUAGUGUCAUACAAAAUGCAAAAGGUCCGCUUUGCCCCAGUAAAAUUAAUAAAGCUAAAAUUUUGGUUUGUCUGAAUAAAGAAAAUUAUUUACUCACCUUUAAUUAUUGCAAAAUAAACAUUAAGAUACUUUAUAAAAUCAUAAUAUUAAUGCUUCCUAAAAAACAUAUUAUGAACUGAUCUAAGUUUUAAACAGAAUUACAGAACAGGUGAGGGAACUUCACACCAUUUGGUUACUGAUAAAUAUUCAAAACCCCUUAAAAACUACAACCCCCGGCUUUACUGUAACCUUUAUGUGACGUCACAAGCACGCGACCGUUCGGAAGCGAUUCUGUUCACGGAUCUUAUCUGAAAUAUGCGGCUUAAAGCGUUUCAAGAAGAUAUAUAAUCAACGUUUUUCUUUUUUCUGUUUUUUAUUGAUAUAAGCGUGGUAAAUGUAGGUAGAAAAUGUUUAUGCCGAGAUCACUGAAGCUCAAGAGAGCCCCGGAGUCCCAUCAACAGCAGCAGCAGAACCCGAAGAGAAGCAAAGCGACACCCGAAGACACGGUUUCUGCAUCUCCACCCCACACCUGUCCUCCAGGGGACACCGUUAAUAUAGAAAAAGAGGAGGAACCCCAUCAGAUAGAGACCGAAGACGCGGAGGAACCGGAGGAACCGGUGAAGUCCUUCAAGAAGAGCCAGAGAUGGCCAGAUCCCGGAGAACCUGUGUGUGUCAUGUGCGGGCGAUACGGGGAAUACAUCUGCGAUAAAACAGACAACGAUGUCUGCAGUCUGGAGUGUAAAGCCAGUCACCUCGCUAAAAUGUGCUUGGAUUUCGGAGAGAAGGUGUUUUGUAAAGAUCUCCAGGAGGCUUCGGACGGCUCCAGUGCAGCCGACGCCGAGCACAGUUACUCCUACAAGGAGGAUGUUUUCAUAUCUGAACUGACCGAGGGCCAGGUCGAGAGGGUUAAAGCCGAGCUGGCCAUAGUGACCUCCGGCAGCGAGGUCUGUAGACCUGUCAUAGAGUUCGAACACUGUAACUUUCCCGCAGCGCUUGGGCUCAACCUGAAGAAGGCCGGCUACGAGGCUCCCACCCCCGUCCAGAUGCAGAUGCUGCCCGUCGCUCUGAAAGGCAGAGAUGUGAUCGCUUCCGCAGAUACAGGCUCCGGAAAGACGGUCGCCUUCCUUCUUCCAGUGGUCAUGCAUGCUCUCCGGAGCCGAGCUGCCUCUGCGUCUCGCCCCCCGUGUCUCAUCCUGACCCCCACCAGAGAGCUGGCCGUCCAGAUAGAGAAGCAGGCGAAAGAGCUGGUGAUGGCUCUGCCCAACAUGAGAACCGCUCUGCUCGUGGGGGGCAUGCCUUUGCCCCCUCAGCUGCAUCGGCUCAAGCAGAACAUCAAGAUAGUGAUAGCCACCCCAGGACGCCUUCUGGAGAUCCUGAAACAGAAGGCUGUACGGCUGGACAGCGUCAGGACCGUUGUGGUUGACGAGGCGGACACCAUGCUGAAGAUGGGAUUCCAGCAGCAGGUUCUUGAGGUUCUGGAGCAGGUCGCUGAAGAUCACCAGACGCUGUUGACGUCGGCUACCAUUCCCACAGGGACGGAGCAGCUGGCGUCCCGUCUCACCCGCGACCCCGUGACCAUCACCAUCGGUCAGAAGAACCAACCCUGCGCCAGCGUCCGUCAAAUAGUCCUCUGGGUGGAGGAGCCGUCGAAGAAGAAGAAGCUUUUUGAGAUUUUAAAUGACAGAAAGCUCUACCAGCCUCCAGUAGUUGUGUUUGUGGACUGCAAACUUGGGGCUGAUUUGCUGUGUGAAGCUGUGCAGAAGGUCAUGGGAUUAAACACAGUUGCUAUCCACUCCGACAAGCUGCAGUGGGAACGCAACAAAAUAGUAAAGGGUCUUCUCGAGGGCCAGUAUGAAGUGGUGGUCAGCACCGGGAUUCUCGGCAGAGGACUGGAUCUGGUCAACGUGAAGCUGGUAGUGAACUUCGACAUGCCAGCUAACAUGGAUGAAUACGUUCAUCAGAUCGGGCGAGCGGGUCGACUGGGCCACAGAGGCACCGCCAUCACUUUCGUCAACAACAACAACAAGCGUCUGUUUCUGGAGAUUGUGAACCGAGUGAAACCCACGGGCUCCAUCCUGCCUCCGCAGCUCCUGAACUCUCCACAUCUGCACGAACAGCAGCGGAGAGCCAGACAGAGGAGCGGUCGAGCUCGGGACGGCCCCGUGUCCAAGAGCAGCCUCAUCGACAUCAUCAGGAAGCACGACAGACGGUCUGCCAACAAAUAACUGAACCAUACCUUUAUUAGCAGGGUGCCGCUUUUCUACUUUUGUAUUUUCAAUAAACGCUAAAGGCGAACGAA